AUGGACAUUGUGGAGAGGAUCUUCUCCGUGGCCCAGGCCAUCCACGCCCAAUUCGAGCAGGUGAAGUGCUGUAAGCACCAGUGCCAGCGCCUCGUGGAGCGCAUCCAGAUCCUGCUGGAGCCCGUGAGGAUCCUCAAGGCUCAGCCGCCGAAGCACAUCUCCCACCAGGAAGAGGAACUGUUGAAGAAGCUGCUCCGGGCACUGGGGGAUGCCCAGAAACUGGUGAUGAAAUACAGCCAGACCAGCUGGAUCCAGAAGUUCCUGAGAGCCCACAGUGCCGGCGAGGAGUUCGUCUGGGUGAAUGAGAGCCUGGAGGACAUUGCCCAGGGGCUCUCACUCCUGCUGCAGGCAGAGCAGAAGCAGGCUUUCCUGGAGACUUUCCAGGCGAAGACCUGUCGCAGGCAGGAUGCCGAGGAUCUGAGGGAUGACAGGGCUUUCCUGGACCAGGUGAUCGCAAGUACCGAGGAGCCUGAAGACAUGACCAGGGAGAUCUACAUCGACAGACAAUGUAUGGAGAGCAAGGUAGACUGGAUGCAAAGCGAGCUGAACAAAAUCGUGCGUGAGAUGGAGCGCUUGAAGAAGGUCAAUGUUGGUAAAAGAGAAGACAUCACCGAGAUUGAGCGGGACCAGCUCACUUUCUACAGACACCUGCAGGGCACCGUGAGCUAUGACCUCUAUGAGGGCGAGUACCUCAAGUACCCCGUUGCCAUCAAAACCUUCAAGAGGCCGCUGACCACGGACCCGGCGAAGGUGAGAGACAUCUUUGAGAAGGAGAUUCAGACCCUGAAGAAGUUUGAGUCUCCGAACAUCCUGCGCAUGUAUGGGAUCUGCAUUGAGGAGAAAGAUGGGAGCCCCUGCUUCUCCAUCGUCAUGGAGUACUGUAAGCAUGGGACGCUGCGAGAUGUGCUGACCAAGCAACAGCAUCUCUCCUGGGAGGUCCGCAUUCGGAUGGCCCUGGGAGCCACCAGAGGCCUUUACAGGUUGCACCAGACGGAGGAGAAGUCCCGACUCCAUGGCUGCAUCUGCAGUAGCAAGUUCCUGGUAGCCGGGGAUUACUGUGUGAAGCUGUCGGGAUUUGAGCUGUGUGAAACGGAGUCAUCCAUUAAGAGGAAAGCCAAGAAGAACUGGAAACAAGUCUCUAUGUUGGCUUAUGUCGCCCCUGAGAAUCUGAAAGACAUCAACUACCCCUACAAGAGGCCCUGUGAAAUAUACAGCUUCGGGAUCGUGCUGUGGGAGAUUGCAACCUCCAAAAUCCCAUUUGAAGGCUGCACUCCCCAGGAGAUCACGGAGAAAAUCUGCAAUGACCACUACCGGGAACCUGUUGGGGAAGAUUGUCCCGAAGACCUGCGGAGAAUCAUUGACCAGUGCCGGGCCUUUGACCCUUCGCAACGCCCUUCUGCCGAGGAGAUUGUGGACUUGCUGGCCGACCUGGAAAAAAGCAGAAACCAAAGAAAUUAA